AUGCAGUUGGGUGUAUUGGAGGAUGAGGUAUUGUUUCAGUCAACCAUCCCAGAGGCUGCAGAUAUGGGCAUGGCCAUUGUCUAUGCUAUAUUUGGUAUGUGCUCUGUGCUGGGGAACAGCAUGCUGCUCUAUGUCUCCUACAAGAAGAAGCAUCUACUCAAGCCAGCCGAGUUCUUCAUCAUCAACUUGGCCAUCAGUGAUCUGGGUCUGACUCUCUCCCUGUACCCCAUGGCUGUCCUCUCAAGUGUCUCUCACAGGUGGUUGUUUGGGCAAACGGCAUGCUUGAUCUACGCUUUCUGUGGCCUUCUGUUUGGAAUAUGCAGUCUGACCACGUUAACCUUGCUAAGUUUGGUGUGCUUUAUGAAAGUAUGCUAUCCUCUUUACGGUAACCGGUUUCAGCCGUCGCACGGACGCCUGCUGGUGGCGUGCGCCUGGCUCUACGCGCUGGGCUUCGCGGGCUGCCCGCUGGCCCACUGGGGCGAGUACGGCCCGGAGCCGUACGGCACGGCCUGCUGCAUCGACCUGCGCCUGUCCAACCUGCAGCCGGGCGCCCGCUCCUACAUGCUGGUGCUGUUCCUCGGCUGCUACGUGCUCCCCUGCGCCGUCAUGGUGGUGUCGUACGCCAGCAUCCUGCUGACCGUGCGCACCACCAAGAAGGCCAUGGAGCGCCACGUGCCCAAGAAGUCUCGCAUGGGCAACAUCCAGGCCAUCAUUGUCAAGCUCAGCGUGGCCGUGUGCAUCGGCUUCCUGUCGGCGUGGAGCCCCUACGCCGUGGUGUCCAUGUGGGCGGCGUUCGGCCACCUCGAGAGCAUCCCUCCGCUGGCCUUCGCCGUGCCCGCCAUGUUCGCCAAGUCCUCCACCAUCUACAACCCGCUGGUCUGCAUGCUGCUCCGGCCCAGCUUCCGCAGGGUCAUGUGCCGGGACCUGGGCCUGCUGCGGCGCGCCUGUCUGCUGGGCUGCGCCGGCUCGUCGCGCUCGCGCCCCCCCGCGGUGCCCUCCAAGUCGGCCCGCGGCUGCGGCUCCGUUGGCAUCCUGCCGGCGAGGAUGAAGUGCAACGUGUCGCCGCAGCAGCCUUUGAAGCCCAAGGGGAGCGUGUGCGGGUGCGGUGACGCGUACGAGUGCUUCCGGAACUACCCGAAGGCCUGUUGCGUGCACCUCAACCCCAAGGCAGCGCUUGUGCAUGGCCCCUCUCAGGAGAAGGUCGCACCCGUGACCUCCGACCUGGAAGUUCAAACCAAAAGGCUACCCGGCAGCAGAGUGGUUACUAGGCAAAGGACAGAAGACAUCGAUCAUUUGCAGUUCAACUUGGAGACUGUGCCAGGACAGGUGAAAGUGGCCUGGCCAUAA